AUGCCUAUAUCAACGUCAAGUCUUGCGGAUGACAAAUAUGUAUUCCCAUGCACUUAUGACACAGAGCAGCCGGUGUAUCUAGCUAAAUACAUAGUACAAUCCUGGAUGAAGCACCGAAAAGUUGGAUCGGAUAGUCGCCACCGCCCAUUUGAUAGUCACAUCGGAGUCCGAUACACCCAAAAGAUUAUCAUUGGCUCCCGCACACAGACUAACCUUUGGCAUUAUGAUGAAAAUGAGAGGUCAUCCCGUUCUCUUCAAAAUCGAGCUCAACACUUUUCUCUUCCACAAAGUCCUACUGAUAUCAUUAUUCACCUUUAUUUAAUCGGAUCCUUUCUUCGUCGCCGGUCUAUCUACACCCUCUAUCAUGAUAAAAUUCUAUACGGCAUUCCUGCCUCCCAUUGCUCUGAGCGCCAACACGGUCUUCGCUGCAGACGGAACUUGCGGAACAAAUUAGAAGAUGAAGAUUCUGGUUCAUCUGUCGAAGUUGACCAGGCACAGCGUGGUCCUACAGAAUUCUGUCUUCAAAACGCAUGCGUUGCAAAACUGAAGAGGAGAGGAGACUGCUCUGGCGGCAAACGUUGCCUUGCCCAGGAUUUCUGUGACCCCACGGAUAAUAUCUGUAAACUCAAGAAAAAGAGCGGUACAUGCAGCAUAAAUGAAGACUACAUCUGCAAAAUCUGUGUCAGGGGAAUGUACUUCUCAAAACAUACCUGUGCAAGUGACAAAGAUUGUUCUGAUGGGCUCACCUGCCGCUAUCCCUUACAACGCGCGUUUUCCGAGCAGGCAGUCCGAUCAUCUCUUUUGUUUUAUGCAGGGCUCGAGGCAGUUUUUCAAGGUCCGGGAGCCAUGCUGAGUUGGGAAACACGAGAUGCCAGUUUGGUGUUUGUUUGUACAGAUCCUUCCAUUGUACCAAGGCCACCGAUGGACUUUUCUGCCGUCGCAACUCGGACUGCAAGUCGGGCAAUCGUGAAGUUAUACUCACGAUAA